GGAAGCGUUGUCUCAUCUUUACAGAAGUUAAUUAGAAAACGAAACAAACAAAAAACAGGAAAGAGAAAAGAAACUUCACACCAUUAGCUAAAUUAACCUACUGGAUCAAGGAACUAAGCUAUGCAAACAUAUUCAACCAGAAAACCACAAGCUUGGAAAAAGAAAUAUGAUGAUGCUUUUGAUAAAAUUGCAGCUCCUACAGAAAAGCAUCAGCUUGUGGAAUCCUGGUUGAGACAGCUUCCUGAUGCCCCGAGACUACCUGUUGAUAGUGAAUCAAGCAUUGAAAUCCUCAGACAAGAAGUUCGGAAGCCAUCAAAUCUAGAGAGACGACCUUCAAGUAGCUCUGUCAUUGACCUCAUUGACCCAUAUUCUCGAGACCGUAAAAAGAAAUUCAAUGUAGAAAAAACUAAGCCACUCAAUACUUAUAAAAUAACAAAAAAGAGACCAGUAUUUCCAGCUCCAGUACUGAAGUUUCCAGCCUUAACAAGCAGACAAAUAACUAGAUCUUUCACCAACACAGUCCACACAGGGACAACAGACAUAACAACCACAGAGAGGACAGAAUCUGCCACAGACACCAGCCAGAAUGGGGUAACGGACCUUGAUUUUCAUAAAACUGAGGACACUGAUAGCUCUUAUACAUACACCUGGGUCACUGCGUCAACAAACUCGUCUACAGAUAAUAUAUCAAGUAAACAAGAAUCACAUCUGAAGAAUCAUCAAGUACAAGAUUCUACCCCAAGUAUUCAUUUUAAGACGUUGAAGAAAAAAGUGUUGAAUUCCACAGCAAAGAAUGAUGCUAAAAAUCUAGAAUCUAUAAACUUUUCUAGGAAUUUAUCUCCAAUAGAAAACUGUAAUAUUCAAUAUGAUGCAUUACGGCAACAACAGUUGGAAGAAUCAACACCAUAUAAAUCAAGAGAAAGUCCUGUUCACGGACCUAGUUGUCAGAACCAGAAGAAAUUGCAAAAGAAAGCAAAGAAACCACUGAGCUCCACAGCAGUAUAUUUAUCAGGGAUCAACAUUGAGGAGAAGUUUCAGGGUAUUUCGUCCAUCUACAGUGAUGGUUGUACUGGCAAAUCGUUGAAACCGAAUCAAGAUAAUGUUGUACCAGACAGUUUAGUUGAUAAUAAUGCAGUCAGCAAUCAUUUGGAGGUGAAAGCUGCCAGGUGUGUGUUAACCAGUACUCCUGUCUUGGAAACCACAAAGAAUCAUCCUGCAGCACUGCAUAUUGACUUGUCGUCCCUGGGUUCAGCCAGUUCGUGUUCCGAGGACAUCAUCCUCCUGAGGAAAUCCGACGAUGAGAUCAAUUCAGAGGAAAUAGUUGCCAAGAGUUUCACUGACAGUGAAGUGGAAAUUCCUGAUGUGAAGGAUAUACACAUAGAGUCACAGUCUGAAAAACCAGUUGUGAAUGACCAACACCUUGAUACUCCUGUUCAAAUGAAAACUAAUAAAAAUCUUUUGGGCAAAAAUGCUCACAAAAUUGCCAUUAUUGGGAAAAGAAGCAAAGGAAACAGAAAGAAUAAGGAUAUCAAGUUUGUAUCAAAGCACAGAAGAAUGUCUACUGGAAGAGAGAAGAGGCAGCCAAAGAUAGUUUCAAAAAGUGAUUAUGAAUCAGGCCUGAUGGACAGAAGAGGUAACAUUAGUAUUUGUCCACUUUCUCUUGUACCAAUUGGACCCAUUAGAAAACCCACAGAGAUAGUUUACAUUCGACCUGCAAACAAAGAAUUCUGGGAUAUGUUUAAAACAUGUGGCAUUGAUCCACUGACAACCUUAAUGCAUCAGAAAGCUUAGCAGAACAGACUUGAAAGUCAACAGUCUUACAGAACCAAUCUAGAGUGCUUAAACAAGAUAUUGAACAAGAUAUGAAUCUGACAUUGUAUCGUAUUAUUUCAACACAGAUUGACAUAAUUUGUAAUAUACUCUUCAAAAGAAGAAACGCAAAACCACAUUGUCGUAACAUUUGGAGAAUUGAUUUAAUUAUUGAAUGGUGAGUCCGAUAAUUACCAAAUGUUG